AGAGAAAAGGGUGGAAAAACGGGGAAUACGAGGGAGGACGUGGGAGUUUCCGAGAGAACAACUGCCCGAGCUCACAUGGCGGGGAUAUCGCCGUUUACCGCAGUGGUGAGGACGCCGGUUUCCCACAAAGUGAUUGAGAAGCGGAGGAGGGACCGCAUCAACCGCUGCCUCACCGAGCUGGGGAAGACGGUGCCCAUGGCUCUGGCCAAGCAGAGCUCGGGGAAGCUGGAGAAAGCGGAGAUCCUGGAAAUGACGGUGCAGUACCUGCGUGCCCUGCACUCGGCGGACUUUCCCCGCGGCCGGGAGAAGGCAGAGCUGCUCUCCGAGUUCGCUAAUUACUUCCACUACGGCUACCACGAGUGCAUGAAGAACCUGGUCCACUACCUGACGACGGUAGAGAGGAUGGAGACCAAAGACACCAAGUACGCCCGCAUCCUGGCCUUUCUCCAGUCCAAAGCACGCUUCGUUACUGAGCCUCUCUUCACGUCCCUGGGCUCCCUCCCGGAGCCGGACUUUUCCUACCCGCUGCAUCCUGGGCCCGAGUGCCCCGGGCAUGUCCACAGUCCCGCCGAGGGCGUGCUCCAGCCGCCCUCGGGGGGGCCAUUCCCCUGGCACGGCGCCGCCCGCAACCCCUCCCUGCCCUACCACUUGCCCAGCGCCGCCGUACCCCUCGCCAACCCCGGCCAGCAGCGCAGCACUUUCCUCUCAUCCGUGCAGGGGCUGGACCGCCACUACCUCAACCUCCUCGGCCAUUCCCACCCCAACGCCUUCGGGCUGCCCCCGGGCCAGCACCCCUCCAUGCUAUAG